AUGAGAACCAAGACCAUCACAGCCCAGACAGACGAUCAGAAUGAUCAAGCUGGCGAUAAUGGGGCCCGACGAGCCUCUGGGCGUGUACGCAAACUCACCGCCAAAGCUGUAGCACUCAAUGGCAGCAAGUCGUACUCGCCGCCACUCUCCGAUACAAUUGUCAUCGGCGAUACGCCACCACGACGUCGGCGAUCAUCCCACCAAGAACACUCACCAACACCGGGUGUGCCGCGAGAGGCACCCAAGGACGCGCAGAUUGAACCCGAAAUUCCAGAGACUCCGGCAAAGACCAUGGCCAAUGGUGCCCAUACUCCACCUCCUGCAGCCCUCGUCCAGGAUGGAGCACCAGAAUCGACAGUGGAGACAUCUCCUUCACGAAGACACUCCCGCAGAGAGAAGAAGCCUACUCCAAAAGCGGUAUCAGAGUCGCAGACCGCUCAAAAGCGACCCGCCACCGAGGAUUCGGAGGAAGCUCCUCUACGCAAAUCAGCCAGGCUGUCCUACUCCAGUGCUAGAGUCCCCUCAAAGCUCCGAUACUCAGUCUCGUCUGAGACCAGCGAGACUCGUGAUACUGCUGAAGCUGAACGGGGUGAGAUUGUCGAGGCUCCCGUGGCAAAGAAGUCCAAGGUCAUUGUGCUGAAGAUGAAGCCACAACUGCGUCGUUCCGAUUCACCGACACACGCAAAGAACAAGGCCAGCUCCGCCGCGGUCCAAGAAACGCCCAGAAGGACAUCUGAACGACAGAAGUCAGCAGCAAAACAAGUCAGCACAAUGUCUGAAUCGCGCCCGCGCCCGCACCCCACUGAAACACCCGGAUCCUGCGAUCUUUCGUGUCUUUCCCCAUCCUUCCGACUUCUAGCCUUUGCCCAAAUAGCCCUGCAAAUGCCAGACGAGGAGGAUGAGAAUGCAGAGACAGUCCCGGGAAGUGUCUAUGACUGGCGGGUGUAUACCCAGGCAUGGUGCCAGUGUGACCACGGUCAACCAUUCAAGACGGCCCGCACCAAUUCUGCCGAACUUGCCCGUGCGCUCAUGCCGAAUACGGUCGCACAGGGCCAGAAGCAUGACUAUGUCGAUCUAUCCAAGUCCCAAACACCCGAGAACGACUUGCUCUUGACGCCUGUCAACACUAUCCUGCGCGUGUCGGACGCCGAAAGACUCUCACAGCUCUACACCGAUCCUGGCGCUCCGACAACCAGCCAGUCACCACUGAGUCGGCCUGCUGCAAACGGCAAAAGUCCCGCAGACGACCUUGCGACAUUUUCCGUAGGUCAACCGCUACAGAUGCAAGCCUCUAUGAGCGAUGGCCCUCACCGUGCCUCGCCGCUUCAAUCACUACCACCCGCACCACCCCCGCAACCUAGUCGCUCACAUUUUACAAGACGGACGUACGAGGAUCGCCUCCGGGACGAUUAUCAUGCCCUGGGAGACAUUCGCAAGAGAGCCACGGCACGGGGAAUCCCAUGGACGUACAAUCAGACGUUGGAGGACAUCCAUGCGCUCAUUGUGGAAGCCGAGGAACGUGAACAACAGACACAAUACCGCCAACAGGUGAUCAAUCCGCCUACAGUGCUUGCUCGGAUGCAGGACUCUGCUACCGAAGCUCGUCCAUCGCCUACCGGCUUUGGCGUCCUUCUCCCUCCCAAGGGAUCGACGUUCGCCCCACGAGGGAGAAAUUCUCCUUUACAAGCAAAUGGCGUUGCUGGGUCUAGCAACCAAGGCGGCAGACCGCGUAAGAUCACCUUUGUCGAGGGGACCAAUCCAGCAAAUCCCUCCAAGGCGCGUCAAGCAUCAUCCCCUAAACGGCCAAAGAGCUCACGCUUCAGAGUCGACCCGCGCGGCCUGCGCGGAGAAGCGCCUGGUCCAGGCACGAUUAUCAACAUGGAGGACCUCAAGCGGCAGGCAGAGGAACUGAAGAGGCUGGGUCAGGCCAUGAGAGAAUUUGAGGCAUACCAGAAAAUGGCGGACGCGGAAAACGAGGAGCGCGCCUUGCAACUUAUAAAGGCGGAGAAAAAGGCCAGAGAAGCGGCAGAGAGUGCAAUGGGACGCCGGCAGAUCUGA